GCAGAGAGCUUCGAAAACCAGAAAGGCGAAAAAGCGAGAGAGAGAGAGAGAGAGAGGCUGAAACCCCCAAAUCGGAGAAGAAUGGCGGAGUCGUCGAGCAGUGGUCUCACGUUCAAGCUUCACCCUCUGGUCAUGGUCAACAUCUCCGACCACUACUCCCGAGUCAAGUCUCAGAUGAACCCUCCCAUCGCCGCCCACAACGCCACCGCAACAACCACCGCCACCAACAACAACAACAACAACGGCGCCGAAGCAGUCGAAACGGCGUCGUCUUCCUCCUCCUCCUCCUCCGCUUCGUCUCCGAGAGUCUUCGGCUGCGUCAUCGGCGUCCAGCGUGGUCGCACCGUCGAGAUCUUCAACAGCUUCGAGCUCCUCUACGAUCCGGAGACUCACUCGCUCGAGCGUGGCUUCCUCGAGAAGAAACAAGAGCUCUAUAAAAAGGUUUUCCCCCAUUUUUACAUACUGGGAUGGUACUCUACCGGCUCUGAUGCUCAGGAAUCUGAUAUGACUAUUCACAAAGCUUUGAUGGAUAUCAAUGAAAGCCCUGUUUAUGUUCUCCUCAAUCCUGUGAUCAAUCCUGCUCAGAAGGACCUGCCAAUUACUAUUUACGAAAGUGAGCUGCAUGUCAUUGAUGGGGUUCCGCAGCUAAUUUUUGUCAGUUCAAGCUACACAAUUGAGACGGUAGAAGCUGAACGUAUCUCAGUUGAUCAUGUUGCUCAUCUUAAACCAUCUGAUGGAGGUUCAGCAGCAACUCAAUUGGCUGCUCAUCUUACAGGAAUCCACAGUGCCAUCAAGAUGCUCAAUAGCAGAAUUAGAGUGCUUCAUCACUAUCUUCUAGCUAUGCAGAAAGGAGAAAUACCUUGUGAAAAUUCGCUGCUAAGACAAGUAUCAAGUCUUCUCAGAAGGUUGCCUGCUGUUGAAUCGGGGAAAUUUCAAGAUGACUUUUUGAUGGAAUACAAUGACACAUUGCUGAUUACAUAUCUAGCUGUGCUUACCAACUGCUCAAGUACAAUGAAUGAGCUGGUCGACAAGUUCAACACCGCUUAUGACAGGCACAGCCGAAGAGGUGGAGGAGGACGUACUGCUUUCUUCUGAAAACCCCUUUGCCAUACUUGCCAUAUCUGACAGAUCGGACAGUCUGGGGUCCUUGAUAUCUUUUUUGGAUGUUGCUGUAAUGCUGUUUUAGAUUUUGAGUGAACAGCUAUAUUGUUGAGACCUAAACAGUUCCAAAAGAAAUAUAAAUUGCUUAGGUUUAUCACU